UUCCACACGCCCAACGGAUGAUACCACACGCCAAACCGGAACGACUACACCUUGGGAAAGUUUUAGCCAAUAUCACAGACAAAUCUCCAAACACCCUUUUGAUUUUCCAUUUGAUCUGCGAAACCCAAGUUUAGAUUUCCCCGGCAAUUACCCAUUUGGUAGAAAGAUGCACGAUUUCUGUUUCACGAUCCCGUACGGCCUGAUUCUUGUGGUUGGGGGCAUUAUUGGGUAUCUCAGGAAAGGCAGCAUGGCAUCACUUGCUGGUGGUGGGGGAGUAGGAUUGGUGAUCCUUCUUGCCGGGUAUUUGAGCCUCAAGGCUUUUGAGAAGAGAAAGAACUCGUAUUUCGCUCUGGUUCUUGAGACUGUUUGUGCUGCUGUGCUGACGUGGGUCAUGGGACAGCGUUAUCAUCAAACUUCCAAGAUUAUGCCAGCUGGUAUUUUGGCAGGGAUAAGUGCUCUAAUGACUGGCUUUUAUGUCUACAAACUUGCAACUGACCUCGAUAGGUUCUUGGGAAUGGAAGAUUCCGAGCAAGAUAGAACCAAGAUCAUUUAUACAGAUUGAUUCAAAUCAAGACGAAAAAAAGAAGGGAAAAUCUCAAGGGUGGUUACCCAACUUUAAUAAAAUCAACACUAAGAG